AUGGAAUUUGAUAGGAGCGUUCCCACCAUUUCCCUUAACAGUUCUUGCGCUGAUAACGGUCAACCCAAAGCCGAGACUUACUCUCAAUCCCCCGCCACAAUUUCAAUAAAGGGAUCAUCCGAAAUAGCCGUGAAUCUUUCAACACCUGAAACAGCAGAUAUUCCGGAGCGAUCUAGUACUAGUCAACCUUCGGGUUUUAUUUCAUUCUUUUCCAAUCGUCAAAGAAAAACUUCUGGCGCCCCUACAAUAUCUAUCGUCUCUGUAAAGCAGUCGCGUCUAUUGUGCGUUGCGAAAAUAGAUGAGAGUAUUCAAGCUGUUGACGAUCUUUUGGAUUUCCAUAAUCGGGCAAUAAAGGCUGAGAACAAAGUCUCUAAUGCUCUUUGGCAUACCGUUCAAUAUUGCAAAUCCCGAAAAUCCGAUUCAUACUUUCGAAAUAGUUCACAAGGCAGCUGUAAUGGAAGUCAAUCGAAUGUUCCCAGCUCAUUUUUUAGAGGUGAUAAUAAUGUUGAUUCAGGUAUCUCUGAAAUGACCACUGAAAGUUCACCCUUUCCUCUGUCAAACAGCAUUCAAAGUUCUUCCCUCUCUCAGGCAAAACAGUUUCUCCAAUGUUUUGUCGACGCUAAUGAAUGCCGGGCUAAAAUCGCUACAUGUAGAGCUUCAUUUCACAAGAAAGUCACUACUUAUCAACUUCAAUUGGUUUCUGAGACCCUACAACGACUCAGGUCUCUCUAUAUCGAUCUUGAUACCAAGUUAGAGACAUAUUCCUCCCAAUUAGAAUCCGACGUUAGAGAAUGUUGGAGGAAGUAUGCUAAGUAUGCAGAUAACGUUACUCGUCUUCGAACUAGACUUAAUUCUCUCUUAGAAAAAGGCAUGGCUAAUAAACGAAAAGCGAUUGAGACAGCAGUCAAUGAUUUAGAUGGAGCCACAGUGAAACUACACUUGGCUCAUAAUGCCUACACGUUGUCUCUAAUUACGGCCCGUCAGUAUCAUCAGUGGUUAGUGACACGUCUUCAACCAUGCCUCUACCGAAAUCUCAAUCGAUGUCUUCGGUUGGCUGAUUAUUCCAUUUCCUACCUCCUUCGCUUAGUUCGUAUUGAUCAAGCACCCAAGGGGACCUUCGAUUUUAUUGCACCUCCUGAUAGUGAUCCUCUGGGGGAUAUGGGUCUCGAUGCUGAACUCCUGAGUGAUGGCAUGGAAGCCCUGGGAGAGGAUACUUUUAGGAGGGCUUUCCCGUUUGACGCUGAUUUGCUUGUUAGAGCAGGAGAUGACUCGUUACAACCUGACAAGAUCAUUGUUAAUCAAAUGACCGCCUAUCAUGUUCAAAAACUGUAA